AUUGCCGUUAAGUGGCAAGAACCGGGAUGUGUACUCAGGCAUAUCGGAUCUGUAAAGUGAGGUAUAAGGAGCCCGAACGUAUUUUGUAAAUCCUCCAGGGCUGUGGAUGUGAAGAACUGAAUUAGAGCGCCACGCAGAGGUUCUCUGGCAUACAGUAUCCAUCCAUACAGUAGGCGCUCAAUAAAUGUCUGUUGCACGAAUGAGGAAAGAAAAUGAGUCAGCCGGGGCGAGAUCAUCCCCUACCGCAGGUGCGCACCUGCGUGGAGAAUCCAUUUCGCCCGACGCUACUCCUGCCGGGUCACCAUAGGCGCACGUGUUCCGGCAGGGUGCGGCUUCCGGUGACCCAGCUCCGCCCCAAGCCCCGCCUCACAACUCCCGCCCUUUGCCUCUUCGCGCUCACGGACAGCUAAGGUGGUUUGGCCCACGGGCGGAGCCGUAGUCACGGUCUCCUGGGGCGUCGUCCGUAGCCCGGCAGCCGGGUGUCUGGAAUCGCUGCCCGCGGUUCACGAUGUCUGACGAGGAAGCGAGGCAGGGCGGCUGCUCCUCGCAGGCCGGCGGCGUGACUGUCAGCGACGUCCAGGAGCUGAUGCGGCGCAAGGAGGAGAUCGAGGCGCAGAUCAAGGCCAACUAUGACGUGCUGGAGAGCCAAAAAGGCAUUGGGAUGAACGAGCCGCUGGUGGACUGUGAGGGCUACCCCCGGUCAGACGUGGACCUGUACCAAGUCCGCACCGCCAGGCACAACAUCAUCUGCCUGCAGAAUGAUCACAAGGCGGUGAUGAAGCAGGUGGAAGAGGCUCUGCACCAGCUGCAUGCUCGCGACAAGGAGAAGCAGGCCCGGGACAUGGCUGAGGCCCACAAAGAGGCCAUGAACCGCAAACUGGGCCAGAGUGAGAGCCAGGGCCCUCCCCAGGCCUUCGCCAAAGUGAACAGCAUCAGCCCCGGCUCCCCAGCCAGCAUCGCGGGUCUGCAAGUGGAUGAUGAGAUUGUGGAGUUUGGCUCUGUGAACACCCAGAACUUCCAGUCUCUGCAUAACAUUGGCAGUGUGGUGCAGCACAGUGAAGGGAAGCCCCUGAAUGUGACGGUGAUCCGCAGCGGGGCGAAGCAACAGCUUAGACUUGUUCCGACACGCUGGGCAGGAAAAGGACUGCUGGGCUGCAACAUUAUUCCUCUGCAAAGAUGAUUGUCCCUGGGAACAGCUACGGAAGGCAUCUUCCCUUGCCCUGAACUUGGGUCUAGGGAUUUCCUCGUUGUCUUCUCUCCCUGAAGCGUAAGGAUCUGGAAGAGGCUUGUAUCCUGAACUUCCGGAUGCCGGCAGUGCUGUGGCCCACCAGUGUUCCCUCUCCGGGUUAAGGCAUUCUUAAACACUUGUGCUUGGCAUCUUCUGCAAAUUAGGCCAUGGCCCUAAAUGGGAAUUCUCUAGAUUGUGGGCAAGUGGGUGGAAGUUAUUCUGGCAGAUGCUGAUGUGAUUAUUAUCAUUAUUUUUAAUAAACAGAGUUUUACAGUGCUGAUAUGAC